AUGGUCAAGACCUCUAGCAAAGAGAAUGCAGAUGAGAAUGGAAAUGAAGCAAAAAGCCAUCUCCCACGAACAGGCGAUGAAGCCGUCGAGUUUUUCGGACGAGCAGGAGAAGAUUCUGAAACCAAAGUGCUUUUCUUGAAUCGUGCGCAUACAGGACUGAAUUUCCGACCCUAUGACCUAGUCGUUGUCGACAGAUCUGACAUUGAGCCGGAAUACUUUACAAUGUCUUCGUCGGGAGUGGUUCACAUUCAACCAAAUCAACCAUCGCAAUUCACACAUCUUGGUCAAUGGUGGAGAAGGUCGUCACUAUUUAACACACUAAGAAGUAUUCCUUUCUUCAAAAACUUUGUGCUGGCAAAGACACAUCAACUGUGGACUCAAAAUGUGAGAUUCCGCAAGUACUCUCAAAUUCGCAAACGACUUGUGAAGAAGCUUUUUCUUGCUAAGAAGGCGUUUUGUUCUACCUUGAUCGAGGUCAAUCAUCAAUGUUUCGAGUUGAGGAGCACGUUGCUGCUUCAGUACUCCACGAAGCAUUCGUACAAUAUCAAUGAGUACAUUGACAUUCAAAACAAAGUACGCACAGAAAGUUCGAGGGCAUUUGAAAACAUUGUCGACAAAGUGCAGGCUCUGCUUGAGAAGGUCUGCGACGACGUUACUUCUCGCGUCAGAGCUUCCGAAGAUGGAUUGCCAACAGGGGGCAUUGAUGAAGCAGCAGCCAUCAUAUCUCAGAAGAGUCAAAAGAGUAAGUCGAUGCAGCAGCUGAAACAAGAGAAGUUGGAGCGUGAAAGAGCCUUGCUGCUUGCACGGCAGGAGGUUGCCAUGCUUGCUCAAUUCAUUCGACUAGCAGAUUACAUGGUGGUCGAAAGCCUGCUCCUCUUGGUGAUCCAGCAGGCAGACAUGUUCUUUCAAGAUCUUGAGCAACCAUCGAAGAAGAACGGUUUGUUCAACAUCACUAUCAGCAUGGAGAGAGACAAGAUAUGCUUUGAGCCUGAAGAGAAAGAUGUCAGCUCACAACUCUCCAGCAUGCUAGAUCAGAUGGUUUCUUGCGUCCACAAUGUUCCGCGCUUGCUUUACAUUGCUUCUUUCAAGAGCCAUUUCGACGACAAGCAGAGAGUUAUAGGUCCACACCUGGGAGACAUGAUACGAUCAAGCUCGAAUUACAAAUUGAUUUGCCAACAGAUUGAAGAUGUCAUCAAGAAAGACUUCCAGGACGUCAGAGGGUACGCUAAGUUCGCUGAGGCCUACUUUCCCAUCUACAAUUUCGCGGCGGACUUCGACAAGGAAAACUUUGCAAACCAGGACCACAUUGCAAACUCACGAAAUAUCAAGAGAGAAAUGUUGAAAUGGAAACAGUAUGGUUAUGACCUUGAGAGAAUGAAGCUCUCAGCGAUAGUAGGAAUAUUCGGAGUUGAUAGCAAAACCCUAAGAAAUAGUCUGAUGGACAAAAAGCAAGUGGUUCUAGAAGACAUGAAAGAUGUAUUGCACUCGGCCGCCAGAGAUGGCUGUGCCAACGUAUUAUCUCAAUUUCAACAAAGGAUCAAAACACUGGGCAGGAAGCCAUCAAACCUGGUGGAAUUUGCAAAGUUUGUUGAAUCCAAGAAUGAGAUUGCGGAUGAAGUCAAGAAUUUAAUUUCAAAGUCAAACACAGUAGACGACAUGUACAAGUUGUUGAGCACUUUCGAUGUCAAGAUCCCUUCUGCAGAGCAAGUAAAUCUGGAUGACUUGCACUCAAUUAACACCCAAUUUCAAGAUGUUCUCGAGAGUGCGGAACAGGAUGUUUCUGGACACCUUGGAAGACAUGCUCAAACAUUGAAUCAAGAAAUUCAGAAAUUAGAGCAAGACUUGAUUGAAAUCAUGACGGAUCUGGCUUCGGGUGAUGCCACCAAUCCUAAUGCUGACAGCUCAGCAGUGAUUGAAAUGCUUGACGCAGUUCAAAAACAGAUAGAUACCAUCCGGGCCAAAGCAGAGACGUACUCUCAUUACCAAAAACUGUUCAAUAUGUCCACUCAUGAGUAUACCAACUUGACAUCUACAACUGAACUGUUUGAGGAGAAGUACGAAUUAUGGAACCUCAUCCGGGUAUGGGAGGACCUGACAUCUGGACCUGGUGGGUGGAGGUCACAAAACUGGAGCGCACUAAGUGCAGAAGAAAUGGAAAAGGAAGUACAAAGUGCCUUGAAGAAUGCAACAAGAAUAAGCAAGAAGAGGGAAGACGACGUAGCUCAAAGAUUCAAAGAAGAUGUCUUGAAAUGGAAGCAUUACAUGUCAACACUAGUCCCGUUGGGUAAUCCGGCUUUGAAAACACGUCAUUGGGAAAAGAUAUUCGAAAAAUUGGGCAGGUCAUAUGACAAAGACAUGACUCUGGACAACCUGAUACAAUGGAACAUCUUUAGCAUACGCGAAUUCGUUGAGGAGAUAUCCGGAGUGGCCUCAGGAGAGCUUGCUUUGGAGAUCCAGUUGGAGAAGAUUGAAAACACGUGGAAGAACCUCAACUUUACAGUGCAUGGCUAUCGAGAGAGCAAAGACAUCUUCAUACUGGCUGGUCUUGACGACAUCUUCACAGCUUUGGAAGACAAUCAAGCAGCGCUACAAACCAUGCUGGCGUCACGUUUCGUCAUGGGAAUUCGCGACAAGGUGGAAUACUGGGAUCGAAAACUCUCUUUACUCUCGGAAACUUUAGAUGAAUGGCUCGCUGUCCAACGCAGCUGGAUGUACUUGGAGAGCAUCUUUGGAGCUCCAGACAUUCAAAAACAGCUGCCACAGGAGACUGUACAAUUCUUGAGGGUGGAUCAGAACUGGAAGGACAUCAUGAAGAAGACCAAGAAACGGCCGAAUGCUAUAGACGCAUCAACCGCUCAAGGCAUCCUAGAGAUGUUCCAAGAGUCGAACAAAGUUUUGGAGAAGAUCCAAAAGAGUUUAGAAGACUAUCUUGAGACCAAGAGAAUGGGUUUCCCGAGAUUUUACUUCUUGUCCAAUGAUGAACUGCUGGAGAUUCUAUCUCAAACAAGAGAUCCUCUGGCAGUACAGCCUCACCUGCGGAAAUGCUUCGAUGCGAUGGCAACUGUUGAUUUUGAAGACGGUCAAGCUACUGACGAUGACAAGCCGAUGAAAAUCAUUGUCGCCAUGAAUAGUGCUGAAACCGAAAAGGUGAAGUUCAGCAACCCGGUUGCUACGGCGCCGAAAAGCGUUGAGUUCUGGAUGUGCGAUCUGGAAGCGAUGAUGAUUCAGAGUUUGUUGGACUGGACGAUUGAAGCCAAAGAAGCAUACAGCGAGGAUGUAAGAGAGAAGUGGUUUUUCAUGUUUCCCGCCGCAUCUAUCUCAACAGUGGAUCAGAUCGAAUGGACUAGGAGCGCAGAAAAUGCCAUCAAUCUGAUCAAUGAGGGAGUAAACGAAAACGCGCUCAAUGAUUUCCUUCAAGCUUCUGUGGAGCAAAUAAGUAGAAUGGUUGAUGUUAUCAGGACGAACCUCACCAACAUCCAACGUUCUGUCAUGGCAAACUUGAUUGUUCUUGAUGUGCAUGCGCGAGAUGUCACAAAACGUUUGAUUCGAGACAAGGUGUCUUCUAUCACAGAUUUUGCCUGGAUUUGUCAGCUACGAUACUAUUGGGACGAGAGUUCAGUGGACGACAAGCAUGGCUGUGUUGUGCGGCAAACCAACGCCUGGUUCUACUACGGUUGGGAGUACCUCGGCGUGGUCCCCAGGUUGGUCAUCACUCCUCUCACCGACAAAUGCUUCAUGACCCUCACCGGCGCUCUCAACCUUCUGCUCGGUGGCGCUCCCGCUGGCCCCGCAGGCACCGGAAAGACUGAGUCCGUGAAAGACCUCGGAAAGGCGCUGGCAAUGCCGGUGGUCGUGUUCAACUGCUCCGAUGGCCUCGACUACAAGAUGAUGGAGAAGUUCUUCUCGGGACUAGCUCAGGCAGGUGCUUGGGCCUGCUUCGACGAGUUCAACAGGAUCGACAUCGAAGUGCUGUCUGUCAUUGCACAGCAGAUCAUGACCAUCCAGAAUGCUCUCAAAGAAUUCGUGGAACGAUUCGAAUUCUUCGGGAAGGAAAUCAGACUCAACAGAAACUACGGAUGCUUCAUCACUAUGAAUCCGGGAUACGCUGGGAGAACAGAGUUACCCGACAAUCUGAAAGCUCUCUUCCGUCCGAUGGCGAUGAUGGUUCCAGAUUACGCUUUGAUCGCAGAGAUCAUGUUGUUCUCCGAGGGAUUCAGAGACUCUCUCACUCUCGCUCGCAAGCAAACAGCCAUGUACAGGCUGGCAUCUGAGCAGCUUUCAUCGCAAGAUCACUAUGACUUUGGCAUGAGAGCGGUCAAGUCUGUUCUGGUCAUGGCAGGGAAGUUGAAACGGUCAGAUCCAAACAUGGUGGAAGACAUCACGCUGAUAAGAGCUCUGAGAGAUAGCAACAUCCCCAAGUUCCUUGCUCCUGAUAUCCCGCUCUUCAACGCCAUUCUACGGGAUUUGUUCCCUGGCGUCACUGUGCCUCAAGUCGAUUAUGGAAAUGUACAGACGUAUAUCGAACGGAAGCUUGUGGAGAGAAAGUUGCAGAUCGUGCCUGCAUUUGUGGGAAAGAUCAUUCAACUGCACGAGACGAUGGUGGUGCGGCAUGGAGUUAUGCUCGUCGGAGUGACGGCUGUCGGCAAGACGACAGUGUCCACAGUCCUGGGUCAUGCCUUCACGCAAAUGAAGAUGGACGGGGCCGGUGGAGACUUCGAGAAGGUGGAUCAGUACACUUUGAAUCCGAAAUCCAUCACAAUGGGAGAGUUGUACGGAGAGUUCAACCUCAUGACGCAAGAGUGGACAGAUGGGAUCAUCUCGACCAUCGUUCGUGAAGCUUGCAGCGCCGUAGCCAACGGUGACACAGCCAGGAAAUGGAUCUGGUGCGAUGGGCCCGUGGACGCGAUUUGGAUUGAGUCCAUGAACACGGUACUUGAUGACAACAAGACUCUCUGUCUGAACAACGGAGAGCGGAUCAAGCUUCCCUCAACCAUGACGAUGGGAUUCGAAGUGAACGACCUCGCUGUUGCCUCCCCUGCUACUGUGAGUAGGUGUGGCAUGGUGUAUCUCGAGCCGGUGUACCUUCGCUGGCACCCUGCAGCCCAGUCGUGGGCUGAGAAUGUGCUGGAAGAGCGCUUCCAAGGGUAUGGGAAGAAAGCGAUGGAGCUGUUCGAGGUCGUCGGCGAUCCUACCUUGUCCUUCAUCAGGAAGGAAUGUACCGAGCACCUUGUUUCUGUUGAUUUCAAUCUCAUGAUGAGCUUUCGCAAUCUACUUGGCAGCCUCUUGAAUGAGUCUUAUGGAGUUGACAAAGAUAACAUCAAUGAGAGGUUCGAGAAGUAUUUUGUGUUUUCGUACAUCUGGACCUUGGGCGGAAACCUCCAUGACAAUUCGAUUCCAAAGUUCGAUGAGUUUGCUAGGCAGAUGAUCACGAAGAUUGUCCCAGACUUUCCCACAGACAAGAGCAUCUACGAUUGGAAGAUCGACGAGAGCACAGGAGAUUUCGUACCAUGGUCAUCGCUCAUCCCGAAGUUUGAAUAUGACAAGACGCAACCAUUCUUCAACCUGAUUGUCCCGACAAUUGAUUCCACCCGAGUCAAGUUUGUGAUGAAAGCUCAGAUUCUUGGAGGUCACCAUGUUCUUGUGGGAGGCAACUCAGGAGUUGGCAAGACCAUCAUAAUCCAAGACUUCCUAGACAAUGCUGGAGAGGAGUACAUCAGUCAAACUAAAGUUUUCAGCGCUCAAACGCCUGCUCGAGGCUUACAGGUCUUCUUCGAAGAGAAGCUGGAGAAGAUUAGGAAGAACCUGCUUGGCCCUCCCUCUGGAAAGACUUUCUUGUUCUUCAUCGACGACUUGAACAUGCCCAUGAAAGAGACCUACGGAGCUCAACCGCCAAUCGAGCUCAUCAGGCAGAUCAUAAACGUGCAAGACGAAAACAACGGAGGGUUCUACGACCUGAAGAAGAUUGGGCUCUUCAAGAAGGUCCGAAACACGCAAUUCCUUGCAGCCAACGCCCCACCAGGAGGGGGGAGGUCCGAGGUGACUCCUCGACUGAUGAGGCACUUCCAUCUCAUCAACCUGCCGGACUUGUCAAACGAAUCGAUGAAAUCCAUCUUCCUGUCCAUUAUGACCGGCUUCCUGCAAGAUUUCCCUUCAGAGUAUGCCGGCAUCGGGGAACCUGUCGUCGAGGGGACCUUGGACGUGUACGUGGAGAUACAGAAGGCUUUGCUUCCGACCCCUUCCAAAUCUCACUACACCUUCAACCUCCGCGAUCUCGCGAAAGUGAUACAGGGCAUUCUCAUGGUCGAUCCUGCAAACAUUGAGAAUGUUGAUCAGUUUCUCAGGCUGUGGAGCCAUGAAUGCUCGAGGGUCUUCAGAGAUCGUCUGAUCAGUGACGAAGACAAGCAUUGGUACGAUGAGAAGAUACUAGCAGUUAUAGAAACUUCCUUCAAGAAAAACUGGACCAAGGACGAAAUCUCUGAUGUUUGCUUUGGUGACUUCCUUGCGACUAAACCAGCUCCAUACGUCGAGAUCAAGGACAUGGAGAAAGCGAAUUCCGUACUGAAAGAUUUUGCUGAGGAUUACACAUUGAACUUGAACAAACCGAUGGACUUGGUAUUCUUCAAAGAUGCCAUUCAGCACAUUGGCAGGAUUGCUAGGUUGCUCCGCCAACCCAGGGGAAAUGCCCUUCUUGUUGGAGUCGGUGGCAGCGGACGGCAGAGUCUCACAAAGCUCGCGUCAUACAUAGCAGAGAUGAAAUGCUUUCAGAUUGAGUUGUCGAGAGGGUACGGGGUGAAUGAGUUCCACGAGGACUUGAAACGUCUGUUGUUCCUGGCUGGCGCGGAGAACAAGCCAACUGUGUUUCUGUUCAACGACACGCAGAUUAUUCGAGAAUCAUUCCUUGAGGACAUCAACAACAUUCUCAACGCUGGCGAGGUCCCUGACCUCUUCGCUGCCGAUGAGAUGUCCAAGAUCGUGGAUGCCGUACGUCCUCUAGCCAAGGCUGCCGGCAGGCUAGAGACGAAGGACAACAUAUACGCUCACUUUGUGAGCCUCUGCAGAGACAACCUUCACUGUGUGUUGGCGUUCAGCCCUGUGGGCGAGGCGUUUCGAAACCGCCUGAGGAUGUUCCCGUCCCUUGUCAACUGCUGCACCAUCGACUGGUUCACGCCCUGGCCUCAGGACGCUCUCCGAUCUGUGGCGAAUCAGUUCCUGUCCAAGAUCGACCUGGGCUCAGAGACGGUUAGAGACUCGAUCAGCAAAGUCUGCAUGACGAUCCACUCCUCUGUCAGAAAAUCAGCUGAAGGGUUCUUGGCAGAGCUGCGCAGACACACGUACACUACCCCCACAAGUUAUCUGGAACUGAUCAACGUCUACACUCAAAUGCUCGCCGACGAACGAUCCAUUGUCAACGGGAAGGCGGAUCGAUACCAAGGAGGAAUGGACAAACUGAUCUCCACCAACAAGAUGGUCACAGAGCUCAGGACAGAAAUCAUUGAGCUGCAGCCUGUCUUAGCUCAGGCAGCAGAAGACACGGCAAAGUUGAUCGAGGAGGUGACAAAGGACAAGGAGGCAGCAGCAGUGGUGAAGGCAAACGUUGAAGAUGAAGCGAAGAAGGUUAACGCAGCUACGGAGGAGGCGCAGGCGAUCAAGGAGGAUGCGCAGAAGGACCUGGAUGAGGCGCUGCCGGCGUUCGACUCGGCCCUGAAGGCGCUCAAGUCUCUUAACAAGAACGACAUCACUGAGAUCAAGUCGUUUGCUAAACCACCUGAGAUGGUGAUGACCACGUUGGAAGCUGUAUGCAUCCUGAAAGGCGUGAAACCUAACUGGGAUGAGUCGAAGAAACUUUUGAAUGAUUCCAACUUCCUUUCCAGCCUUGAAACAUAUGACAAGGACAACAUUCCCGAAAAGAGUCUCAAGACCUUGCAGAAAUACAUCAACAAUCCAGACUUUGUGCCAGACAAAGUCGAGAAGAUAUCGAAAGCAGCGAAAUCGCUGUGCAUGUGGGUUCGAGCCAUGGAUGUCUACGCCAGGGUUGCCAAGAAUGUUGAACCGAAGAAGAAGAAGUUGAUGGAGGCUGAAAAGAUGGUGGCUGAUAUGAGCGCGCUGCUCGCUCGGAAAACGCAGGAGUUGAACGAUGUCCUGGCACGAGUCAAGACGUUGGAAGACAAGCUCGCAGAGACGUUGAAGAAGAAAGACGAGUUGCAGCAGCAGUCAGACAUCAGCACGGCAAGGCUCGAAAGAGCUGAGAAACUCACCGGAGGCCUUGCCAACGAGCAAGUCAGGUGGGCGCAGGAGUUGGAUCAGCUGAACCAAGACAAGAUCGACUUGACCGGAAACAUCCUGAUAGCCGCUGGAGUCAUCGCGUACGCAGGGCCCUUCACCGCCAACUACCGCAAGGAUCUGAUCUCCAAGUGGACCAAGGUAUGCGCUGAGGAGAACCUGCCCUGCGACCAGCACUUCACCUUGGAGCGGAUCGUGGGAGAUCCUCCGACCAUCAGGAACUGGAACAUCCAGGGGCUGCCCGCCGAUCCUUUCUCAGUAGAGAACGGGAUCAUCGUGACCAAAGGGAGGCGAUGGCCGCUGAUGAUCGACCCUCAGAUGCAGGCCAACCGAUGGGUCCGCGCGAUGGAGAAGACGAAUCGCAUCCAAGUGAUCAAGCUGACAGAACCGACGUUCUUGCGUACUCUAGAGAACUGCAUCAGGAUAGGAAACCCUGUCCUCCUUGAGAACGUGGAGGAGUCUCUCGAUCCGGCGCUUGAGCCUGUUCUAUCCAAGUCCGUCUUCAAGCAAAGCGGUCGGCUGCUCAUCCGCCUGGGGGAUACCGAUGUAGACUACAACCCCGACUUUAAGCUCUACAUCACAUCCAAGUUGCCGAACCCUCACUAUCCCCCCGAAGUCUGCGUCAAGGUCACCAUUGUCAACUUCACCGUCACCCCCAAGGGCUUGGAAGAUCAGCUGCUGGUCUCUGUGGUGGCGCACGAGCGGCCGGAGCUCGAGGACGAGAAGAAUGAGUUGGUGGUGCAGAUAGCUAACGGGCAGAAGCAGCUCAAGGAGAUCGAAGACAAGAUUCUCUUCAUGCUUGCAAAUUCGCAAGGAAACAUCUUGGACGAUCAAGACCUGAUCGAGACGCUGGGGGCGAGCAAGACAACAUCAGCUGAGAUCAACGAGCAGCUCAACCAGGCCUCCGAGACCAAGACGAGAAUCGAUGACGCGUGCGAGGGAUACAGGCCGGUAGCGAAGCGAGGAGCCAUCUUGUACUUUGUUGUGGCGAGCAUCGCGAAUGUCGAUCCUAUGUAUCAGUACUCUCUUCAAUUCUUCAUCAAUCUGUUCAAUGGCUGCAUGGACAAGAGCCCCCGAUCGCCUGACAUAGCCGAGCGAGUGAACAUCAUCAUCAAGGUUGUGACGGAAGAUGUUUACACGAACGUGUGUCGAGGUCUGUUUGAGAAGGACAAGAAGAUGUUCUCCUUCAUGAUCGCUGUGCAACUGAUGCGGUUGGAAUCUGAGAGCAUCUCGGAGGAAGAGUGGGGCUUCUUCCUUACAAAAGGAGGGUAUGUCGAUCCGGCGAAGCUGCCGGCAAAUCCAUGCGAAGAUUGGGUGAAGACAGAAGUGCUGGGAGGCCUCUACAACCUCAACCACCUCAAGAGCUUCGACUCCUUCCUCGACUCCUUCUUCGCAGACGCCUCGGCAUGGCAAGCAUGGUUCGACAAGACAGCCCCGCACGAGGAGCCGCUGCCUGGGAAGUGGGAGGAGGAGCUGACGCAGUUCCAGAAGCUGCUGGUGAUUCGAGUGCUGCGAGACGAGAAGCUGGUGGAAGCAGUCACUCUCUUCAUCUACAAGAACAUCGGGAAGCACUUCGUUGACGUGCCCGCGUUCGAUCUUGCCGCCUCCUUCAACGACUCCUCCCCCCUGACUCCCAUCAUCUUCGUGCUCUCCACAGGCGCUGACCCGACCAUGUACCUCUUCAACCUGGCCAAGGAGCUCUCGGUCUUCGAGAGGCUCAAGAUGAUCUCGCUCGGGCAAGGCCAGGGCCCGAUAGCUGAGGCGCUCAUCGCCAGCGCGCGCGAGUCCGGGGACUGGGUCUGCUUGCAGAACUGCCACCUGGCCUCGUCCUGGAUGCCGGAGCUGGAGAAGAUCCUCGAGUCGCACCAGACAAUGAAGCUGCACGAUGACUUCAGGUUGUGGCUGAGCAGCAUGCCCAGCAAGGUCUUCCCCGCUAGCGUUCUGCAAGCUGGGAUCAAGCUGACCAACGAGCCUCCCAAGGGCCUUCGUGCGAACAUGAAGCGAACCUACGAAGACAUGUCUGAGGCUGAGUUCCUCUACUUCGACGAGAAGGCUGCUGAGGAUGACAAGCUGGCACCCAAGAUCAGAGCAUGGAAGAAGCUCUUGUUUGGCUUGUGCUUCUUUCACGCGUGCGUGCAAGAGCGGAGGAAGUAUGGACCCAUCGGGUGGAACAUCCGGUACGAGUGGAACCAAUCCGACAUCCUAACGGCCAUGGCGAACCUUCGGAUGUACUUGGAGGAGCAGAGCACGGUCCCUUACGAGACUCUCCAGUACGUCAUCGGCGAGGUGAACUACGGAGGGAGAGUAACAGACUACAUGGAUCAGAGGUGUGUGGCAGCUAUCCUGGAAAGGUACAUCAACCCUGAGACCGUGGAGAACGACGAUUACAAGUUCACUGAGGACGGGAGGUAUUACUCCCCCGAACCAUCUCAGUUCCAGUCUGUUCGUGAUUACAUCGACAAGCUGCCGCUCACCGACACCCCUGAGGUCUUCGGCCUCCACAUGAACGCAGCCAUCGCCUUCGAGAACAGCGAGACCAAGUACCUUAUGGACACCAUCAUAUCUUCUCAGCCGAGGAGCAGCCAAGGCACGGGGGGCGACACUGCUGACGACAUUGUUGGGGCGCUUGCCGCGGACUUGCUCAGCAAGCUGCCGAAGCCUCUCUCCACAGAGAACACCUCCUCCUUGACGUUCAUGGCAGACGACGAGGGGACUGUCAACUCUCUCGGGACUUACCUGACCAUCGAGAUGGGCAAGUUCAACAAGCUGCUCAAGAAGAUGAGCUCCACCCUCUCGGAGCUCAGACGAGCCAUCAAGGGGCUGGUGGUCAUGUCCUCCGACCUCGACAGCAUGUUCCAGGCCUUCCAGUUCCAGAAGGUCCCCGCCAACUGGAACUCGGUGUCAUACCUAUCGCAGAAGCCCCUCGGUUCCUGGUUUAAGGAUCUCAUCGAGAGAGUCGAGUUCAUGCAGAAGUGGAUCGAGCGGGGGCCUCCGGAGAGCUUCUGGAUGUCCGCCUUCUUCUUCCCUCAAGGCUUCAUGACCGCAGCCCUGCAGAUGUACGCGCGAGACAAGAAGAUAGCCAUCGACACCCUCGACUUCAAGACAGUAGUGAUGAAGACUUCUCCUGAAGAAGUCGUAGCUCGUCCUCCGCACGGCGUCUACAUCUACGGAGCCUUCAUUGAGGGGGCGCGGUGGGACAAAGAGCUCAACUGCAUCAUGGAGUCGCGCUUCGGGGAGACCCACGUGUACAUGCCAGUGAUCUGGCUGGAGCCAGUGGUGAAGGGGCAGGAGGCGGAAGACUCGGACACCUACAACAUCCCCUUCUACAAGGUCUCCUCUCGAGCUGGAACCUUGUCCACCACCGGCCACUCCACCAACUUCAUCCGUUUGCUUCAGCUGCCCUCCGGACAUGUCAGCCCGACGCACUGGGUAAGGAGGAGCGUAGCACUGCUCUCACAGCUCGACGACUAGAGCCAUGGCGAGCAUGGAAGCCCCUAGAUCUUAGUAUGCGAGGUAUAAUGUACAAGCUAAUAACAUUUCGCUCUCCU